AUGGAAUUCGAGACAUUUCAUACAAUCAAGUCAUCCAAAGACGACUUCUCGGAUCACGGACUGUACAAGUCCCGAUCACUGAGACAGAAGAAAGUUGAAAAUGAAGCGUUCUUCUCCAAACCAGAAGCUCCCAUGUCGUUUUCGCUUAAUGAUUCGAUGCAGAACUACUUCACUGCUUCAGAGACAAAACGCAACGGUUUUGUCGUUAUCUCCAAUGAUCCAUAUACUGAACGGUCGUUCACUCCAACAAAGCCAAAUAUGGCUUCCAAGUUCGGGACCAUAACUAGAGUACCGAGUACCAACGUUGGACUUCCACCGCCGAAGUUCCAAAGUCUAUUUGACGCCCCCACAGCUGCUCAGCAGACGCCGAUACUGUCUCCACUGGCCAGGAACACACGCUCGUCUUCGUUUGCCAUGGCUUCCUAUCCGUUUGGCGAGCGUCCUCCAAUGCGUCCAGUUUUGCAACCGUCAGUGCUUCCUCAACCGCAACUAAAUCCUUAUCAGCCAGAACCGUCCACUGUACCAGCACCCACUACACAGUUAGAGACCAGCAAGAGCAUCCGUAACCGGCGCAAGUCUGUGUCGACGUUCAUUGCCCAGCUGUUUGACAAGUUCUCUCAAAAGAAAGACGAAAUGCCCAAGAGCGCUCGUUCCAUCAAGUCGGUGAAGAGCUAUAAUUUCCUGAGCCAGAGCGCGGAUAUUUACAACGACAUCAUCGACGACUACAACGACGUGUCCAAUCUGGAGCGCGGCCGUUCUUUAGUACGCCGCCCAGCAAGAAAUCGGAGCACGUCGACUCGAAUUCGUCGCGAGGGCUCGUUUGGCUCCGAGCUCCGCUCUUUCGACAACAGCGACUACAAAACAGACAAAGACUUGCUCCCGACUGGGUACAUAUAUGACGAAGCUACUAAUACGCCGUUCUACAAAGAUGUGGCUGAACCGGAGGACUCAAACAGCUCCAUUAAUACAAAGACCACAACGUUGCGGCGAUUACGUGCUGAUCUGGACAAGUGGUGGAGAAGCAAGACCUUGACCCGGGCACGUAAGCGACACCACCACGAUGUGGCUGGCGGGUUGCAACCGAACUCCGCCGAGCUUGUUUACGAAAAGACCGGAUUUGAAGCUACCAGCACGCCGGUGAAGGAGUACAGAGAAGGUCAGGAGGUCCUGAUGUCCAAGGACAAGUAUGGUAGCGCUGUGCGGAACGUGAUCGAGACUCGGAUCCUGGUGGUGGAGAACGAGCCAAACAUGGAGGAAGUCCUGCGGCAGGGCAAGACUGCUGCCGAAUGGUUGAAAGCCGAUCUGAUCAAUCUGAUCCAGAACGGUAACCUGAAGAUCUUCAAAGAGAAGAGCGGACGCAACUUCAUCACGAUCGAGGUGACAGAUUUACCUGAGCUUUGA